AUGUGUCGGACCCUGGCCGCCUUCCCCACCUCCUGCCUGGAGAGAGCCAAAGAAUUCAAGACACGGCUGGGCAUCUUUCUCCACAAGUCAGAACUAGGCUCCGAUACCGGGAGUGCUGGCAAGUUCGAGUGGGGCAGUAAACACAGCAAAGAGGGCAGAAACUUCUCAGAAGAUGUGCUGGGAUGGAAAGAGUCAUUUGACUUGCUGCUGAGCAGUAAAAAUGGAGUGGCCGCCUUCCACGCCUUCCUGAAGACAGAGUUCAGCGAGGAGAACCUGGAGUUCUGGCUGGCCUGCGAGGAGUUCAAGAAGCUCCGGUCCACUACCAAGCUGGCCUCCCGGGCUCACCGGAUCUUUGAGGAGUUCAUCUGCAGUGAAGCCCCCAAAGAGGUGAACAUCGACCACGAGACCAGGGAGCUGACUAGGACGAAUCUGCAGGCCGCCACGGCCGCGUGCUUCGACGUGGCUCAGGGGAAGACGCGGACCCUAAUGGAGAAGGACUCCUACCCGCGCUUCCUGAAGUCCCCCGCUUACCGGGACCUGGCCAGCCAAGCCACCCAAGCCAUGGCCGCCUCUGCCUCCCCGUCCAGCGGCAGCCCAGCUGAGCCCUCGCACACCUGA